CGAUGUCGACGAGGAAGUGUGGGAAAUCCUCAGCCAAAUAAAUACCACCAAAACGAGUCGUCAGCUUUUUCACCAGCUGUGAACACUAAACACAAGACACAAGUGAAUGAAACCCCACAAGAAACACCACAACAGGCAUCUUCACCACAACUGACAGCCUCGCCUCUGGUGACAUUUGCUGGAUUCACCAAAAGUCAAAUCGUCUCAGAAAUACACUUUUUCAAGACCUACAAAAAGGCCACUACAAGAGCCUUCAGGAUUUUAUUCAAGGAUGAAGAGUGGCAGGGAAGGUCGGUAACUGGCCAGCGGUCCAAGACUGGGAAAGCAAAGCCAGCCAUUGAAGACCAGAAGAAGCUGGAUUUCCUUGCAAUUUAUGCAACAAACCAUCUGAAGAUGCCUAUACCAGUCUUUAAAAAGUGCUGGAACACAAAAAUGGUUUCAGCUAGACAUGCAGACUGUGAAACGGUGCAGGCUACAAGGAGGAACAAGCAUCAAUGA